AUGGAUUGGGCUUUAGUCUCCCCUGACAACUCCCGACCAUGGUCUAAUUCCCUUCCAAAGGAGGAAGCUUGGACUUUUCUAGUUGACGAUGACAAGCCAUGGCGCAUCUACAACCAGCCAAUCACAGAUCCAUUGCACUCAAUGGAGGAACAAGAAGACCUGGGCCACAUUUACAAAUUCGGAACUGUCACCCAAGCGACCAUUGGGGACAUCUUUGGCGAGAAGCAGGAUGUCAGACUGAUCGAUGAUGAACAUCUUGGUGACGAUUUACAGAACAAAUCGACAGAGCUGAUUAUCAGACCAGAAUUACCAGGGAAGUUCCGUUUCCAUGGAGACUCAGGAUCUGCUGUCGUUGACAGGAAAGGAGGAAUUGUUGGCUUGGUUUUUAGAGGACACAAACACAAUGGUACUCUGAAACUCAUUCAGUUGGUUUUUUGGGAUACCAAUAACUAUUCAGACCAUAGUAUCACAGAUAUCCGAGUUGCACAGCCCUAG